AUGAAGUUCGCGUACCGGUUCUCCGGCCUGCUGGGCACUGUGUACCGUCGCGGGAACCUAAGCUUCACUCGCGAUGGCAGCUCCCUCAUCAGCCCCGUCGGGAACAGGAUCUCCCUCUUCGACCUAAAGAAUAAUAAAUGUGAGACAUUCCCAUUGGCUACACGGCUGAAUAUUGUGUGUGUGGGUCUGUCUCCAGAUGGAAGUCUUGCCAUUCUCAUUGAUGAAGAGGGAGCUGCCUUGCUUGUCAGUUUGAUUGGGAAGUGUGUGUUACAUCAGUUCUAUUUUCACAAGCCAGUUCACAGUGUCAGCUUUUCUCCUGAUGGCAAGAAGUUUGUGAUUACAAAAGACCAUGUUGCCCUUAUGUACCAUGCUCCUGGGAAGAAAAGAGAAUUUAAUGCAUUUGUUCUGGACAAAACUUACUAUGGUCCAUAUGAUGAAACAACUUGUAUUGACUGGACUGAUGAUUCCAAAUGUUUUGCAGUUGGGAGCAAGGACAUGUCUACAUGGGUGUUUGGUGCAGAACGAUGGGCAAACUUGAUCUACUAUGCACUUGGAGGGCAUAAAGAUAUAAUAGUAGCCUGCUUUUUUGAAGAGAACAGUCUGGAUCUGUACACAAUUAGCCAGGAUGCAGCUCUCUGUGUGUGGCAGUGUAAUACAGAGCUCGAUGGGUUGAAGCCCAUGCCCCGUAAAGAUGCGGCUACAGAAGAUAGUGCAGCAAGAAAUGAAGAAGAGUUUCUUGAAGAGUCAAAAGGUGAAGAAAUUCGUGGAAAAGCCAAUCCAAAUGAACAAGAGGCUAGAAAUAAGGUUAAAUACUCACGUGUUGCAAAGUAUUUUUUCAACAAAGAGGGAGAUUUUAAUAACCUGACAUCUGCAGCCUAUCACAAGAAAACACACCUUUUAGUCACUGGUUUUGCCUCUGGAAUUUUUCACCUCCAUGAGCUUCCAGAUUUCAAUCUGAUCCACUCCUUGAGUAUUUCAGACCAAAGGAUAGCUUCUAUUUCUAUCAACUGUACUGGUGACUGGAUUGCCUUUGGAUGUUCAGGUUUGGGUCAGCUCCUGGUGUGGGAGUGGCAAAGCGAAUCCUAUGUGCUGAAGCAGCAGGGACAUUUCAACAGCAUGGUUUCAUUAGCAUAUUCUCCAGAUGGACAAUACAUAGCAACUGGAGGGGAGGAUGGGAAAGUUAAAGUGUGGAACACUUCAAGCAGCUUUUGUUUUGUCACUUUUACAGAACAUACCAGUGGUGUAACUGCUGUAACUUUUACUUCCAAUGGUUAUGUCAUUUUGAGUGCUUCCCUAGAUGGAACUGUGCGUGCCUUUGAUCUACACAGAUACCGCAAUUUCCGUACCUUUACAUCUCCUCGACCAAGUCAGUUCUCGUGUUUAGCUGUGGACUCCAGUGGUGAAAUUGUGUCAGCUGGUUCCCAGGAUUCCUUUGAAAUAUUCAUCUGGUCAAUGCAGAGUGGGAGGCUGCUAGAUGUUUUAUCAGGUCACGAGGGCCCCAUCAGCAGUUUGUCCUUUAACCCAAUGAAAUGUGUUCUAGCUAGUGCCUCUUGGGAUAAAACUGUCAAGUUAUGGGAUAUGUUGGACAGCUGGAGAACCAAGGAGACACUGAUACUGAACUCAGAUGUUCUUGUUGUUGCUUUCCGCCCUGAUGGCCAGGAGCUUGCAGUUGCAGCUUUGAAUGGAGAGAUAACAUUUUGGGAUCACGAAAAUGCAGUGCAGAUUGGCUCAAUUCAAGGAAGGCAUGAUCUUCAGAUGGGAAGGAAGGAGCUUGAUAAAAUAACUGCCAAACAAGCAGCUAAGGGAAAAUCUUUUACUACUCUGUGCUACUCAGCAGAUGGUCAGUCUAUUCUGGCAGGUGGCUUGUCAAAAUUUGUCUGUAUAUAUAAUGUCAAGGAACAGAUUCUUAUAAAAAAAUUUGAAAUCUCAUGCAACUUUUCUUUAGACGCAAUGGAGGAGUACUUAGAUCGGAGAAAAAUGACUGAAUUUGGCAGCAUGGCUCUGAUUGAUGAAGGGGGUGGAGGUGAAGAUGGUGUUGCCAUUCCUCUUCCUGGAGUAAAAAGAGGUGACAUGAGUUAUCGACACUUCAAACCAGAAAUAAGAGUGACUUGCCUGCGAUUCUCUCCUACAGGUCGAAGCUGGGCAGCCACCACCACAGAGGGUCUUCUUAUCUACUCACUGGAUUCUGGGCUAAUUUUUGAUCCUUUUGAUCUGGAUAUUGAUAUUACACCCAACAAUAUACGCAAAAAACUACAUCAGAAGGAAUAUACUGUAGCUAUCAUCAUGGCCUUCAAGCUGAAUGAAAAGAAACUGAUUCAGGAAGCCAUAGAGGCUGUGCCUAGCAGUGAAGUUCAUGUUAUCUGCUCAUCACUCCCAGACCUGUAUGUGGAGAAAGUGUUGGAGUUUCUGGCCUCUGCAUUUGAGACAACUUGCCAUUUAGAGUUCUAUCUUAUUUGGGCACAUAAAUUGCUCGUGAUGCAUGGACAGAAACUGAAAACAAGGUCAGUGAAGCUGCUCCCUGUGAUCCAGUUCCUUCAGAAAAGCAUCCAGCGUCACUUUGAGGAUGUUUCAAAACUCUGUGAGUGGAAUAUCUACAAUAUUAAAUAUGCACUGGCAGUUUCACAACAGCGGGGCAUGAAACGCCUGGCAGAUGGAACAUCAGGAGAUGAAGCUGACUUGGAUUCUGACAGUGAUUAUCUUAUGCAGGAGAUUAAUAAAGACGAGCUUAGUUCCUAGUUACUCCUCGUGAGAGGGAGAAAACCUAAGAU